AUGUUAAAGGCAUCUCAAAAAUCACUUUAUAGAAAUCUGUAAAUUAUAUACUUGAUCCCAUACUUUUCAGUCUAUAGAGAAAUGCACAAGUUAUUCAAAGUUCCAGUAAAAGAAGUACCCUAGCCCUAGGCAAUGCAUGAUAUUCUUGAUAUUACUGCUACCUACGAUCGCCAUUUAGGAUACUUGAGAAUGAACAGAGAACAUAGAUUCAACACCUUGACUUCAAACUUCAUUAAAAACGUCAAGAGAGGCAUAGAAACUCUCUACAAUGAUGACAAUAUUAAGUUAAUAUACUUAACUUCUGAGAAGGGAGAGCAGUUCUGCAAUGGGACUGACUUCAGAACUCUUCUUUAUCACAAGACCCAUAAUCAGCCUGAGAAGAUUGCAUAAUAUUUAGAAGAUCUCUACGAUUUGCAAAUCUACACAGCAAAAGUCAACAAGCCAAUGCUAGCUGUCGCUCAUGGACACUCCUUCAACUCAGGUGCUUCAUUCCUUCAAGCCAUAGGCUUCCCAAUUACUUCUCACAAUUCUACUAUUGCCUUCAAUGAUGUGCAAUUUGGGUUUGUACCUCAUGGUGGCUCCACCUAUUAUCUGAGCAGGCUCCCAGGAGAGCUUGGUACUUUCCUUGGCAUUACUGGACUUCAUAUGAAUGGAGUUGACGGAGUUGAACUUGGCUUCGCUGAUAAACUAAUUGACUCUACUAAACAUUACGAAGCAAGCAUCAUGGAUGCAUUUACUAAUCUAGAAAUGCCUUAUCCAACUGGAUUUUAAUUGUCUGACAGUGAUAGAAUUAAUACUAGAAAGGCAAUUGCUGGAGCUUAAUUAAAUUUUUAAUAACAGCAAAGAGGCUUAAGAAUAUCUGAGGCUCUGAGACUUUCCCAUAAUCCACUUUCUGAGCUUGAGUUCUAAGAGCCAAAAGAUAGAACUGCUUAGACAAACAAGCAAGCUGAGAUGUAUUAUAUGAUGGAAAUGGACAAAUACAACGAAGCGAAUUUUGGAGUAAAAAGUGAUUCCAACAGUGAACUCCUAGGAGAGCACAAUCAGACUGUCUUUCAUAAUUAUUACGGCUGGCUUAUUGAUUACAUAAAAGGAUAUACACCCUAGAAUUUCGAUGCAAAUAAAAGCAAGUUCAAGAAGCACCUCUAGGUUAUUGACAGAUGCUUCUAUUCAAACUCAAUUGAAGAAAUAAUAGAGAAUUUAAAGAGAGAGAAUACUCCUUUCGCCAAAAUGUGUCUUGAUUAAAUGGAAAAGAAUUCAAUGCUCUCUAUGAAACUGACUCUCAGGAUGCUGAGAGAAGCAAAAAACCUUGAUUAUAAAGGCUGUCUUUAAAAUGAAAUUAAUGUUGCCUUAAACAAAAUAGAAGACUCUGAGUUUGAUCAUGGAGUCUAAGAAAUCCUUCUAAAACCAGGAAAGUAUGGAUCAAAGCCUUAAUUCAAAAGGGACAUUUCCUCAGACCAAGUCCAAAGCUUUUUUGAAAAGAACUAAUUCACAGAUGCCGUAUAACUCAAUGUAGUUGAGAAAGCCCUUCUACCCACCAGACAGUACUAUCAAAAAUACACUGAUCAGCUAAGACUUUGGAUUAAUGAAGAUACUACCCCUCAAUCAGAUGUGCGCAAGUCAUUCUCCUUUGAUUUAAAGAAUGCUCUCAGAUACCACGGUAUCGAUAUUAGAGAUAGAGCUAUGACUAUUUAAAUAGCUAGAGAUCAUCUUUAUGAAAAGGAAAACUCCUAGAGAAUACUGAAAGUAAUGAUAGAAAGAUUAAACCACUUCAGCACAGACCCAAAACUUUAAGAAAUAUACAAAGAAAAGGUCAAGAAGGAGCUCGCCGUCCUUUAAAAAGACAAGGAAUUGUUUUAUAAGAGAGUAAAUGGCCAUAUUAGAGACAUCUUCGAAUAAGCUUAUCUUAAGAAACUUUAAAAGGUCUUUGACAAAAGCAAGGAAAUCCAUGAUUUGGAUAAACGUAAAAUGCUUAUAAGAUUCAAGAAAUUCCUCUUCCAAUCGAGACUACUAGUAUAUUCUGAUCAAACUGAUAAAAGCGUACAGUAAAUAGCAAGCAUGCCAUUCAAAGAGGUUCACUUAAAAGAAGAUUGGGAUAAAACAUUCCUAGAUAUGGAGCAUCCAGAGAUAUCUACAUCAAUAAUUCAUCAUCUCUCAAAAGCUAUUGGGAAGGUUUCAAUUGCUCCAGUAGAGUUAGCAAAGCAUUAUAUGCAAAAUCAAAAAAUUGCUUAGAGCUUAACAAGACUUACUUUUAACAAGGAAGAGUUGAUGAAGUUGAGAAAAGAUGUAUUCGAGAAUCCUGAGAAGUAUGAAAAAAUUUUAACAACUUACAAGGAGAGCCCAGUCACUCUAGAGACCAAGACAACCCAAGACAUCAGAGCUGAGGAAUGGGAUUAUUGGUAUAGAGUUUACAACGAUGGAUACAACCCAUGGGACAAUAUUCCAUAAUUGCAGUUCUAUAUGUCAUACAAAGAAUGGGUAGAUAAAGUUGAUCAAAGGGCAUAUAACACUCUAAAAUAUGUGAUCACUAGACUUAUUAAUGAUUUUGAGCAUUAAGAGGGAGUUAAUGAGAUCUUGGAAUUCAGUCCAGAGCAAAAAGAAACUAAGAGAUAAUAACUCAACAGACUACUAGGGUUAAUCUACAAUACUGAAAUCCCUUAAGAACCAAAAUAAAUCAAAGGCAGAAGAGCUGAGAAAACUGACAUUGUAAUGAAAACAAGAUCACUUUAAGACAUAAGGCGAGCCAUCGAUGGAUUAAUCAGAGAAGAUUAACAUAUGAAAAAUUUGAUACCAGAGUUAGCUCCUGGAUAAUAAAAUCCAUUGAUUGCAAAAUUUAGAGAAGAAUUGCUAGAAAAAAUCUAUCAAAGCUUAGAGUUCAUCCUUUUAAACAAUAAUCCAAACUAUCCAUUGGAUAAAAACGUUCUAUAACAAAGACUUGCUGUUAUAACAUCUCCUACUAAUGGUGAAUAGGCUAAAAUUGCUACUCUUAAUGUUAUCGAUUAGUUCCUAAAUGAUCAUAAUGCUGAGCAAACGAUUAAGUAUGCAAUUGAAAUGACCAAGCCUUUCAUAUUCUAAAUGCUUUAAGAAUCUUUGGAAAAAGAAACUGAUAAGGUAGGAGAAGCUUUCUAAGUGAGUGAUAUGGCUAUUACUUAUCUCGAGGCUUAUUAGUUUGCUACUUAGCAUGGAGACAUUAUACACUCCGACAUUUUCAAGAAUAUGAUAACUUACCAUGUCGAAAGAGAAAGAUAAAAAAUACUUGAUGAGAAAUUCCCUGAGGGUACGGAAUCAUUCGCUUGGAGAACCUACCUUAAUUUAAUAGGAACUGCUUAGCCUCCAGCACACAUGAAUAUUGAGCAACAAGAAAAAUUCUUUGAGGAAAGAUAGAGAGAAGAUGCAAAAUUAUUUAAUGAAUUAAAUGAAGAAUUUAGCAAAGAUGAGCUGUCAUAUUAAAAGGAUAUUGAAGAAUUCCACGAAAUGAAUGUCGAAUUAUCAGUCAAAUAAUUGGAAUAAGAAGUAAUAAAUAAUGAUCCCUCACUGAAUGUUUCCAGAUUCAAUGCAAGUGAAAUUGAACAAAUUUAAGCAAUGGCAUUAAGAGUUGAAAUCACUAUGAGGGAGCUAAAUAGCAAUAUAGAGAUGCUGAUUGAAUAAUCUUCUAGAUAAGAUUGGCUACACAUUGUUAGUGCGCUUAUUGUGAAUCAUAAAAUGGACAUUAGGCAUAUGUUUAGAUAAGGUUUAUACUUGGAUGAAAUGCUUACACCCCCCUUGGAGAAAAUGUAGAAAAUUCUUGAAAGAUCUGAUGCUACAUUUUACCAAGCAGCUGAGUAUGCAGGUUUCCUAAGAGACAUCUAUGAAAAUCUAAGAGUUGCAGAAUCAGACAAAGAAAAAUUAAGAGAUUUAGAGAAAAUCUACGAUUUCUACGAUAAAAAGGUAAAUCAGCUUGACGAGACUGAAAAAGUAUCAAUUUUUGAGCAGCUUCUUCUUUAAAAGUAAGAGAUGUCCAGAUCUUCAAAAAGCCUUGCAGAUAAGGUAAAGAACCUAACAGAAUUGAAUCGCUAAUUAGAAAGAGAAAAAGAAGUUAAGGUUAAUGUUAAAAAUCUAGCAAGAGUUAUGCCCCAAGAGCACUAAGACUAAAUUAGCAACAUCUUAUCAAGUGACAAUUAAUACUUAGACUAUUCUAAACUUGAAUAGAUUCUCAGAAAUAAGCAAUAUGAGAAGCUGUAUGAAAGUUCAAGCAUCCUAAACAGAGAAAAGAUUAGCAAGGAUCUUAAGGAUGGCAAAUUGAUUAAUGAACUUAUGAAGAACUACCAGGAUAUUAAGUUAGAUGUGAUAUCAAUUGCCUAAGCUAGAGAAAUAAUUUCUAGCACUCAAAAUGACAAGUUUGUCAAUGAAAAGGUUUAGGAGUAGUCUCUAGCAGUCCUAGACUAUGUUAAUGAAUCUUUAAGAUUUAUUUCAAACGAUAGGAGAAAAGACAUUAGAUUAGGAGAGUAUAUGAAGAGACAUCAGCAAAUGAAUACAGGAAAGCAGUUUAGCUAAUAUUCGAAUGAGGUUAUUAGAAAUUUAAUAGUUAACACUCUGGGAGAACCAAUUGAAUCAGAUUAACCUUAAUUCGUUGAGCAGGUAAUUGGAGAUAUGAGAAAUAAUCCAUUUGUUGAUGACUAAAAAUCGAUUGAAGUCUUAGAUGCUUUUGAAAAAGGAAUGAGUUAUAAUGAAAGUCUAAAGCUAGAUAGUGAAAUUAAAAUGGAAAUAGAAUAGCCAAAUUAUUUCCCACCAACAUAUUCUAUACAGAGAAUCAACCCAACCACUGGAGUUCUUGAGAACAUAGAGCCCGCAGAGGCUGAGCUUGAAGAUCUGCUAGUUGAUGUUAAAUAGUUUGUAAAGAUGAAUACUGAAUUUAAAUUCACUUAAGCUGACUAUCAAAACAAAAUUCUUCAGCAAUAUGCUCUUGUUAACUUUGAUGAAAAUGAGGUCUAAAGAUUGAUAACUGAAUACACUGAGAAGAGAAUGAGAGAUCUCAUGUAUACCCCAGGCUUUAAGGAAAGAGUUAACUCUAAGGUGGGCCAUUUCUACAUUCAGGGCCUCAAAGAGGAAGUAAUCAGAGAGUUGAAUCUUGAUAAUCCAGCAGAGAUCGCUGAUCUUACAUAUGAAAGCGUUAUGUCUGAACCAUUCACUCAAUACGAUCCUGAAUCAUCAUAAAAUCUAUCGCAUCUCAGCAACACUGAGGCAGUUGGUUAUGAAAAUAUUGAUGAGAGAGCUAAAAACUAGGAGAAGAAUAGAGAACUCGCUCACUAAACACUAUUUGACGAAUUACUUGGAGAAUAUUUCUUAAAAAAGAGAACUCAAGUGGUUAACAUCAACUAAUUAGUGGAUUAACUAAAUGAGAAAUAUACUAAGGAUAAUUAGAACUAUAAAGAGGGAGACAAGCUAUAUACUGGAGAUAGAACUCAGAGAGCUACUUAGUAUUAUCCAUUCGAAGGAGACAAAAUCGGAAGUGCACCAAUUUCUUUCCACAAACUCGCUCAACAAAGAGAGAAAGGCUAGUUUGACAGACCAAUCUUAUUCCCUAGCAGCUUCACUGAGUUUAUGGAACUAGAUAUCUCAACCGCCUAAGCUUUAGAAAAAGAUAAAAAUGGGUUAAGUACCGAGUUAAGAGGCUUUGAUCCAAAGAAUCCUCAUAAAUUACCAGAAUAUAUCAAUGAUGCAGUUGACCCCAGAAAGCCAGCAGACUUAUACAUAGACUAUUAAUUGAGAGCUAUUUUAGAUGAGGUAUUUUAAGCUAGAGGAUAAUUAGAAAAAACUCUCUCGAGAAACGAACUACUUGCAUAUGAUAAAAUUCUGAUCAAGUAGUUAACUCAUCAGAGCAUUAUGCCAAGACUUUCAUAAUAGGUAGUUAGAGAUUUCAAUAUAGUUCAGUAAUUCGGACAUUCUGUAGAUAGAUAGAUUGAGGGGCAGAGGCAUGAUGAAUUCAGGUAGUUUGCUAAAACAGAGCACUAUUAAGCCGAAGAAAAUAGAAAAGUUAAGAAUGAAGAUGCAUAAUUUAAACUAAUCGCGUACUUGGCUAGUCUUGAGAGAUAGCGUAAUCAAUUUAGACAUGACGAAAAUAAAAUGAUUGAGAUUUCAUAGGAUUUGACUUCUUUUGAAUAAUUCUACAAGAAAGACUUGGAAUUUCAAAGUCUCAAAGAAUAAAGACCAAUUGAUGAAAAAGCCUACUCUGAGCCAAAGAGACCAAUACUUGAUAAGUUCUCAAAGAAAUUCGAGGAUGUCAUUAAACAUGAAGAAAACUAUGUGAAGGAAUUCGAGAGGUACAAAGAAAAUAAAAAGGAGACAUUCGAUAGAAAUAAGAUGUUCUUUGUGCUUGAAAAGUACUUCGAAAAGACAAAGAAUGAUAUUGCAGCCAAGAAAGAUCACGAUCCAUUAGACAAAGCUCAAGAAGCAAUUGUUGAAUACUUCAAUAAUCAAGAAAACAUCUAGUUCUUCGAGAGAAACAAGAUCUAAUGA